CUCCUAACAAACCAGCAUUCUUUUCCACAUGAUCAGAGCUAAUUGGCCCCCCUGCAGACUAAGUGACCAAUCACAUCAGCUUCAGCUGAAACCAGCCCUCAUGACAUUAUAAACACAGGAAUGUAAGCUGCAAAGCCAGUCCAAGACGAGAACCUACAAACUACAGUGCAGGUUAGAAACACCUGAUCAAAAGGACAAGACUCUGAUAACUUCCCUAAGACCUACCUUGGUAGGCUGACCCCACAAAAGAACUGAGAAUUACAGCCUGAGAUGGACAGCAGUAACUGUAAAGUUAAUGCUCCUCUCCUAAGCCAAAGAUACCGGAGGAUGGUCACAAAAGAUGGCCACAGCACACUUCAAAUGGAUGGUGCUCAAAGAGGUCUUGUGUAUCUUCGGGAUGCAUGGGGAAUCCUAAUGGACAUGCGUUGGCGCUGGAUGAUGCUGGUCUUUUCUGCUUCUUUUGUUGUCCACUGGCUUGUCUUUGCAGUACUCUGGUAUGUUCUAGCUGAGAUGAAUGGUGAUCUGGAAAUAGAUCACGAUGCCCCACCUGAAAACCACACUAUCUGUGUGAAGUACAUCACCAGUUUCACAGCUGCAUUCUCCUUCUCCCUGGAGACACAACUUACAAUUGGUUAUGGUACCAUGUACCCCAGUGGUGACUGUCCAAGUGCAAUCGCUUUACUUGCCAUACAAAUGCUCCUAGGCCUCAUGCUAGAGGCUUUUAUCACAGGUGCCUUUGUGGCGAAGAUUGCACGGCCAAAAAAUAGAGCUUUCUCAAUCCGAUUCACUGACUUAGCAGUGGUAGCUCACAAAGAUGGUAAACCUAAUCUUAUCUUCCAAGUAGCUAACACCCGGCCCAGCCCUCUGACUAGUGUUCGGGUCUCAGCUGUACUCUAUCAGGAAAGAGAAAAUGGUGAACUCUACCAGACCAGUGUGGACUUCCACCUUGAUGGUAUCAGUUCCGAGGAAUGUCCGUUCUUCAUCUUCCCACUAACCUACUACCACACCAUCACACCAUCAAGUCCUCUAGCUACCCUGCUCCAGCAUGAGAAUCCUCCACACUUUGAAUUAGUUGUGUUCCUCUCAGCAAUGCAAGAAGGCACUGGGGAAAUCUGCCAAAGGAGAACAUCCUACCUACCCUCUGAGAUCAUGUUACAUCACCAAUUUGCAGCUCUGAUCACUCGAGGUUCUAAAGGUGAGUAUCAAGUCAAGAUGGAGAAUUUUGACAAGACUGUUCCUGAACACCCAACUCCUGUGGUCUCUAAGAGUCCACACAGGACUGAUCUAGAUAUUCAUAUCAAUGGACAAAGCAUUGACAAUUUUCAGAUCGCUGAAACUGGGCUGACAGAAUAAGACUCAUCCACACCAUCCUACUUGUUAAUGUAUUAAAUAUAUCCAGCCAGCUAUGCAACUACUUUCUUUCACUGUAUCUCAUGUUUUCUUGUUCUCAAUACUGAUUAUAGCAUAGCAAUCAUGUCUAGGCCAAAAAAAAAAAAGGCUAAGCUAACUAUAUACAUCCCUGAAAACAAAAGUCUAGUUACCAAGUUUUUAUCCGUGGUAAUCUGCUCUUAUCGAGGCAACUCAAUCUGAUGGGCAUCCAUACUAGCAAAUUUACAAAGACAUAACAUGGGAUCAGUAACGGAGAUAAAAUAGACAGUGAAGGCUACCACAGCUGGACUCUAAAAAAAGUCACCACUCAUUUUCAUCUGUAAACUAAAGCAAUAGUCUAGUUUCAAACCUAGCUCCCUGGGUGGAAAGCUGAUUUCACAAUAUUUAGUAAAUAUCCUUUUACAACUUCUUUUUUAAGACAGUAAACAUCAUUCCUUUCUUUAAGCUACAAAACUGGGAUAAGUAUUAUCCCCUCAAUUUCUAACAGGUAAGAACAAAAGUACAAAAGAAAAGUAACAACAUGGAUUUUUAGAUAACUUCAAAAACAUUUGAAUACAACACCCA